AUGAACGACCCGUUAUCUCCUCUCACCGUCCCACCUCCCCGAUACUUGCUCGAAUCAGAUUCGUCCGACGAAGAGGGUCAAGGGUCAUAUCCCGGUGUAGCUCCAGGUCCAUCUACCAAACCUAAAAUAAGGGUCAACGACGGUGUACAGGUGGAUAGCACUGGACUAGGAGAUGAAGUAGAUGAGGUAGUAGUGGGUUUAGGUCAAGCUGGUAGAUAUAUACUGAAGGGUGUUCAAGGUGAGAAGAUCGGUGGAAUCAAAAUAGGAAGUAAGAAUGUCGCGAGUGUUACGAAAGUAGGGAAGAAUAGGGUAAUUUCUAUAGAAGAAGGUGAAAUGGGUGGAGAAGAGUGUUGGGAAGUGGUGAAGAGCUUGGUAGCGAAGGUGAAAGCUAAGAAAUGGACCAUUGUCACUUCAUAUGUCUCUUCAAUGUACAUCCCAUCUCCAUCUGAAAGAGCAGAAAGACUGGAUAAUCCACCCAUACGCGUACUGUCGUCCGGAAGCGUGAACGGAACGAAAGGAUUUGAUUCCCCUAAUUAUCUUACGGGUAUAGCGGGGGGUCUGGUCUCUCUGGGUUCUCGUCCAACUUCCUCAAUCGCCCAGCCAACUACUCUCCUGCUCCCUCUACCACUCUCAUCCCUUCCUUCAUCCCAGGUCGUUUCGACACUGAGAUCUAUCUCGCCAGGUAUAAGCGAUAUCUUUAGUCAGAGCAGUAAACGUUGGACAGAAGACGAUGACGAACCGUACUCUGCACCUGGUAUGGGACGCGUAAGAGGGUUGAGGAAGGGGGUAGGGGAAGUUUCAUCUAUGUAUAUGUAA